AUGUCUGGUGUUUCAGACUCUCCAGAGAGCCCAGAGCCAGCUGAGAAAGGACCAACUCUGCCUAUUAUUCCAGACUCACCGGAGAGCUCGGAGCCAGCAGAGAAAGGCCCAGCAGUGCCUACUAUCCCGGACUCGUCAGAGAGUCCAGAGCCAGCAGAGAAGGGUUCACUUGAUAUCUCAAACCCUCCAGAGGUUGACACGCUGGAGCAAAACUCACCCAUCAUUCCAGAUAGCUCUGAGUCAGUGGAAAAAGACUCACCCGUCAUCCCAGAGAUACUCGAGAACUCAGAAUCUGGAGAAACAUCAGAGACUCUUGCACCGGGAGUGGAACCAGUUGUGAUUCCAGAUGAUCCUGGAACUGCACAACCAGGCUCAGCUAAACCAUUCGAUACGAA